AUGACAGACCGCAAUCGGAAUGGUCUAUACGAGCCCUUGCUUCAGGAGAACGAGCGCGAGGCCGUAGCAGACCUGCUGCAGUUUCUGGAGAACCGCACAGAGACCAACUUUUUUGAGGGCGACCCUCUUCGUGCCCUCUCUACCCUGGCGUUCUCGGACAAUGUUGACCUUCAACGGUCCGCCGCUCUUGCCUUCGCAGAGAUUACAGAAAAGGAUGUCAAAGCUGUAGAUCGGGAUACGCUAGAGCCUGUCCUCUUCCUGCUCCAAUCUCAUGAUGUUGAGGUCCAGAGAGCUGCUUCGGCUGCUUUGGGUAACCUGGCUGUCAAUCCCGAGAACAAGCUGCUGAUCGUAAAGCUUGGAGGGCUUGAGCCACUUAUCCGCCAGAUGCUUUCGCCUAAUGUUGAGGUUCAAUGCAACGCUGUGGGCUGCAUCACUAACCUCGCCACACAUGACGAGAACAAGACUAAGAUCGCGAAAUCAGGAGCACUUGUCCCUUUGACGCGCUUGGCCAGAUCCAAGGAUAUGAGAGUUCAGCGAAACGCGACGGGCGCUCUUCUCAAUAUGACACACUCGGACGAAAACAGACAGCAACUGGUCAAUGCUGGAGCCAUUCCUGUACUAGUCAGCUUGCUCAGCUCACCAGAUACGGACGUCCAAUACUACUGCACGACAGCCCUCAGCAACAUCGCUGUCGACAGCGCUAACCGGAAAAAGCUGGCGCAGACGGAGCCCAAGCUUGUGAAUGCAUUGAUUGGACUCAUGGACUCGUCCAGUCUCAAAGUGGAGUGUCAGGCAGCCUUGGCCCUCCGUAAUUUGGCCUCGGAUGAGAAGUACCAGCUGGAGAUUGUUCGAUCCCGGGGAUUGACUCCUCUCCUUCGCCUGUUGCAGUCGACAUUCUUGCCCCUGAUCCUUUCUUCUGUCGCCUGCAUUCGCAACAUUUCCAUUCACCCCUUAAAUGAGUCGCCUAUUAUCGACGCAGGAUUUCUGGAGCCCUUGAUCGAAUUGCUUGCAUAUGACGAGAACGAGGAAAUUCAGUGCCACGCCAUUUCGACCCUCCGCAAUCUUGCUGCAAGCAGCGAGCGCAAUAAGAGGGCGAUUGUUGAAGCUGGAGCGGUGGAGCGCGUCUGCGCCUUGGUGCUGAAUGUGCCCCUCAGCGUCCAGUCCGAGAUGACGGCCUGCGUCGCAGUUUUGGCUUUGAGCGACGAUCUGAAGCCUAGGUUGCUUGAGUUGGGCGCACUUGAUGUGCUGAUCCCUCUUACGGGUUCGUCAAGCGUGGAGGUGCAGGGCAACAGUGCGGCAGCGAUUGGAAACCUGUCUUCGAAGGUCCAGAACUAUCGACCAUUUAUUGAUGUCUGGGAUGAGCCAGAGGGCGGUCUGCACGGAUAUCUUUCUCGGUUCCUGGACAGCGUUGACACGACAUUCCAACACAUUGCGAUCUGGACGAUUGUGCAGUUCCUGGAGGGGGGCGACGAUCAUUUGGUCGAACUGAUUACCGGCUCGCACGACAUUAUACCCGCCGUCGCACGGUUGACCCAGACACUGGAGUCGGGCUCGCCACACCAACAGCAGAUGGAUGAUGCCCUGACAGACGAGAGUGAGAUUGUCGGGUUGGCAAGACGGGUCCUGAGCAUGUUGGACCAGCACUUGGAGUCGCCAUAUGUUGAGAAGAAGUAA